CACUCAAACAGUCGUUUACAGAUUUUACCUCGAACAUUAAAUUGGUUAACGUGGGAAAAUUAUUUCAAUUAGCAUUUUGCUUUGGGCGAAUUUGCGCUGGUCAGCUGAGAAGCCAGUUUUCACUAAUCGUGUUCUACAGUUUGCUUUUAAAGUUCGUCAAGAUGGAUAAUAUUCGCGGUGCAAUUGUUGCAUUUUUGGUGAUCACUGCUGUUUGUAUUGACUACACUUAUUCAUUAUCUCCGAGUGGCUGUCCGUUGUCUAGUAAAGUAACAACGUGUAGUCCAAAAUGUAAAGACGAUUCCGACUGUUUUGGAAAAAAAUGUUGUCCCGACAUUUGCAAUCAAAAAUCAUGCGUGGCACCGGAAGGCAACUCCAACACAAGGGACGGAUACAAGAACCAACAUGCCAAAACCGCCACCGGCAGUUAUUGUGGAAACGUCAAAUGCAAUUCCUUUGAGAAAUGCCAAUUAGAGCCUGGAACCAAGAGACAAAAAUGCAUUAGAUUCUAAAAUACAUACUAUAUAAAUAUAUAUUUAAUACUUUAUAUAAUUAGUUCAUUAAAUCAUGUUAUAAAAUAACAA